AUGAUGGAGAGGGAAGAUUCCGGACAGAAGCUGUACACGCGUAUGCGGAUUUGGGAAUUUCCGGAUAAGUAUGUGAUUGAACCAACGGAUGGAUCUUCUCGUUCUUCUUUGGCAGUUAGUCGAAUAGAUGGAUCCAUGAAGCUCAUUGAUGAGAUUCCGGAGUGCAGCACCCUUCGAGUUCCUAAGAUUUUGACAAUUUUUGGUGUGGUUGGGAUGUUAAGGCUUUUGGCUGGAUCAUAUCUGCUGAUUAUAACCGAGCGUGAAUCUGUUGGAUCUUACUUGGGGCACCCAAUUUUCAAAAUUUCUUCCAUGAAGGUUUUAUCAUGUGAUUAUUCUCUUAAUAAUACCCCUGCUGAACAGAAGAAGACAGAGAUGGAGUUUUCUGGGCUGUUAAAUGUCGCUGAGAAGACAUCUGGUCUGUUCUUCUCAUACGACACUAAUUUAACUCUGAGUGCCCAGCGACUAAAUGACCUAGGUGAUGAGUCUAGAUUGCUUCCUCUUUGGAGACAGGCAGAGCCUAGAUUUCUAUGGAAUAAUUAUAUGCUGGAAGUGCUCAUAGAUAACAAGCUUGACCCAUACUUACUCCCUGUAGUCCAAGGAAGCUUUCAUUACUUUCAAGCGGCCAUUGGAAAAGAUAUUAUUGACAUCACUUUGAUUGCAAGGAGAUGCACCAGAAGAAAUGGCACUCGGAUGUGGAGAAGAGGAGCUGAUCCUGAUGGUUAUGUCGCUAAUUUUGUGGAAUCAGAGCAAAUUAUGCAGUUCAAUGGGUAUACAGCAUCAUUUGUUCAGGUUCGUGGUUCAAUUCCACUGCUCUGGGAACAAAUAGUGGACUUAACAUAUAAACCAAAGUAUGAGUUAUUGAAACUUGAGGAAGCUCCUCGAGUCCUAGAGCGGCAUUUCUUAGACUUGAGAAAAAAAUAUGGGGCUGUGUUAGCUGUUGAUCUUGUCAACACGCAUGGAGGAGAGGGGAGGCUAUGUGAAAAAUUUGGAAGUACAAUGCAGGAUGUGGAUAGUGAUGAUGUCAGAUAUCUGCACUUUGAUUUCCAUCACAUCUGUGGGCACAUUCAUUUCGAUCGUCUCUCAAUCCUUUAUGAACAAAUUUCAGAUUUUAUUGAGACAAAUGGAUAUCUUCUAUUGAAUAAUCAAAAGGGAGAGAAAAUGAAGGAGCAACUUGGGGUUGUUAGAACCAAUUGUAUUGAUUGUCUGGAUCGUACAAAUGUUACUCAGAGCAUGAUAGGUCGAAAUAUGCUGGAAUACCAGCUUAGAAGGCUUGGUGUCUUUGGUGCUGAAGAAACCAUUUCUUCACAUCCAAAUCUGGAUAAAAGCUUUAAGAUCUUGUGGGCUAAUCAUGGGGAUGAUAUAAGUGUUCAAUACUCAGGCACUCCUGCUCUGAAAGGAGAUUUUGUCCGAUUUGGGCACCGCACAGUUGAGGGGAUACUAAAAGACGGUUGGAAUGCUCUUAUGCGCUAUUAUUUGAAUAACUUUCGUGAUGGAACAAAGCAGGAUGCAAUUGAUCUCUUGCAAGGACAUUUUAUAGUUUCUGUCAACCGAGAUAUGGCUCCCUCUUCUCAGAAUCAAGGCCUCGAAUCUAUUGCUUCGUUUCCUGUGGCUUUGGGUCUGGUAUUGACUGGGUUUCUUUUUGCAACCAUGUCGUUGAGUCAAGGUAGAUAUGAUUUUCGGCACUUCUUUUUUUCAUUAAUGUGGGCAAGCAUUAGUGUUGGUAUAGCAGCAUUUGUGAGGGCCAAUGGCCGGCUUUUCUGUAACAGACCUCGCCUGCACAAGCCCCGUUGUUGACUUCAAUGUACAUAUCGCUUUCAGCAAUUAAAAAUUUUCCCCUGAAGUAUCCAGCUUCUGCAACAGGCCUCACCUGCAGAAGUCUUGCUUCUACAUUAGAUCACUUCAACGAAUUCAAUGUUUGCACAAGGGUCCUAGCGUACUACUUAUUAUAUUUAUUCUUUCAUACUAAUUUUGUAGUCAUUAUAGAUUCCAAAUUUGAUUAAUAUCCCAUUAUAGUGAUUGGUACCAUCCCCACUUUGUAUAUG